UGUCCACAAGCUCUUAACUCUCCAGCGGAUAAAAGGCUCAUAAUGCGCCUCGGUCUGACCUGACACCCAGUCUCCUCCGCCGGGGAAGGUGCAGACUGUGUGUCGGUGACUCCCCCUGGUCCGGUGCCGCCCCCCGCAAGUUUCUUUAAGCAGUGAGUCCUGCCGUCCGACAGGAGGCGUGUCUCCCCUACGGCCGGAGCGCAGCGUUACCAGAUGCAAGUGCUGGGGAAGCGACACGGUUUUCUCCAUAGAAACAAAUCAACUUCUUUGUGCUGCUCUGAUGACUCUUCCCGGCUCCAGCUCGACCUAAGUAGAUGGAUUUCCUCAAGCUCUGCCCUGCCUAACAUGGAUGCCCCGCCACCUCCACCACCAACACCUCCACCAUCAUCUUCCUCAGCUGAGUCGGAGGGCUAUUUCUUCUUGGCGCAGUGAGCUGGACACGCAGUGCUUUUUUGCCAAAUGGAUGUGGGGAAACCGUUGCCCAGCCCGCCUGUGGUGAUCAUGCCGUGAUUUUGCAGUCGCCUUGCUUCAUGUUAAAGGGGUGAAAGAAAAAAAAAAUCUGGGGAUAUACCGAUUCAGGGAAUAAAAAUCCUGUGCACCACAUAAACACCAUGAAGAUUGCCUCCUUGCUGAUGUUUAGUGCGAGGUUCAGGUGCACCGUCAGGCUUCUACUGCUGCUAUUACACUGUGUGGGAUAUUCUCAUGGGAUGCCACAUGUCUUGAGAUUUGGGGGAAUAUUUGAGUCCAUUGAGAGCGGCCCGUCAGGUGCUGAGGAACUAGCCUUUAAAUUUGCUUUAAACACAAUCAACAGGAACAGAACUCUACUGCCAAACACCACGCUCACCUAUGACAUCCAGAGGAUAAACAUCUAUGACAGCUUUGAGGCCUCCAGAAAAGCCUGUGACCAGCUUUCUCUGGGGGUGGCAGCCAUCUUCGGUCCCUCUCACAGUUCCUCUGCCAAUGCAGUCCAGUCCAUUUGCAAUGCCCUGGGCGUGCCACACAUUCAGACCAAGUGGAAGCACCAGGUGUCGGACAACAGAGAUGUCUUCUACGUGAGCCUCUAUCCAGACUUCUCCUCCCUCAGCCGGGCCAUCCUGGACUUGGUCCACUUCUUCAAGUGGAAGACGGUCACUGUGGUUUAUGAUGACAGCACUGGUCUUAUUCGGUUGCAAGAACUUAUAAAGGCGCCGUCCCGGUACAACAUCCGGUUAAAGAUACGGCAGCUGCCUGCAGAGACCAAGGAUGCCAAGCCGCUGUUAAAGGAGAUGAAGAGGGGGAAGGAGUUCCACAUCAUCUUUGAUUGUGGCCAUGAAAUGGCUGCUGGGAUCCUGAAGCAGGCUCUCGCCAUGGGGAUGAUGACAGAGUAUUAUCACUAUAUCUUCACCACACUGGAUCUGUUUGCGCUGGACGUGGAGCCUUACCGAUACAGUGGUGUGAACAUGACGGGCUUCAGGAUCCUCAACACUGAGAACAGCCAAGUGGCCUCAAUCAUAGAGAAAUGGUCCAUGGAGCGGCUGCAGGCUCCACCCAAACCUGACUCUGGUCUACUGGACGGCUUCAUGACUACGGACGCUGCGCUGAUGUAUGAUGCUGUGCACGUGGUGGCCGUGGCUGUGCAGCAGUCUCAGCAGAUCACUGUCAGCUCAUUACAGUGCAACCGACACAAGCCCUGGCGCUUCGGGAACCGCUUCAUGGCCCUCAUCAAAGAGGCCCACUGGGACGGCCUGACCGGGAGAAUCACUUUCAACCGCACCAACGGCUUGAGGACAGACUUCGACCUCGAUGUCAUCAGUCUGAAGGAGGAGGGUCUUGAGAAGAUUGGUACCUGGGAUCCUCCGAGUGGCUUGAACAUGACGGACAACCAGAAGGGGAAGACAACUAAUGUCUCUGAUUCCUUAUCCAAUCGAUCGCUGAUCGUCUCCACUAUUCUGGAGGAACCAUAUGUGAUGUUCAAGAAGUCUGACAAGCCACUGUACGGGAACGACCGCUUUGAGGGCUACUGCAUAGACCUGCUGAGAGAGCUGGCCAACAUCCUGGGCUUCACUUACGAGGUUCGUCUGGUGGAAGAUGGGAAAUACGGUGCCCAGGAUGAGAACACAGGCCAGUGGAAUGGGAUGAUCAAGGAGCUAAUGGACCACAGAGCUGAUCUGGCAGUGGCUCCCCUCGCCAUCACAUACGUGCGCGAGAAGGUUAUUGACUUCUCCAAGCCCUUCAUGACGCUGGGUAUAAGUAUACUGUACCGCAAGCCCAACGGGACCAACCCUGGGGUCUUCUCCUUCCUCAACCCCCUCUCGCCUGAUAUCUGGAUGUAUAUUCUGCUGGCUUACUUGGGUGUCAGUUGUGUGCUGUUUGUCAUAGCCAGGUUUAGUCCCUACGAGUGGUAUAACCCCCACCCCUGCAACCCCGAGUCGGAUGUAGUGGAAAACAAUUUCACCCUGCUAAAUAGUUUCUGGUUCGGAGUUGGAGCUCUCAUGCAGCAAGGAUCUGAGCUCAUGCCGAAAGCCCUCUCCACCAGAAUUGUAGGAGGAAUCUGGUGGUUUUUCACGCUCAUCAUCAUCUCCUCCUACACGGCAAACCUGGCUGCCUUCCUCACUGUGGAGAGGAUGGAGUCGCCCAUUGACUCUGCUGACGACCUGGCCAAGCAGACCAAGAUAGAAUAUGGGGUGGUAGAGGACGGCUCCACAAUGACCUUCUUCAAGAAAACCAAGAUUUCCACGUAUGAUAAGAUGUGGGAGUUCAUGAGCAGUCGCAGACACUCGGUGAUGGUGAAGAACGUUGAGGAAGGGAUUCACCGCGUGCUCACUUCAGACUACGCAUUCCUCAUGGAGUCCACCACCAUCGAGUUCGUCACGCAGCGCAACUGCAACCUCACCCAGAUCGGAGGCCUUAUCGACUCCAAAGCCUACGGGGUCGGCACCCCAAUGGGCUCUCCGUACAGAGAUAGAAUCACUAUUGCCAUCCUGCAGCUUCAGGAGGAAGGGAAGCUGCACAUGAUGAAGGAGAGGUGGUGGAGAGGAAACGGCUGUCCAGAGGAAGAGAGUAAGGAGGCCAGCGCCCUCGGUGUGCAGAACAUCGGAGGGAUCUUUAUUGUCCUAGCCGCUGGACUUGUCCUCUCUGUUUUUGUGGCUGUGGGAGAGUUCCUCUACAAGUCCAAACAGAACGCACAACUUGAAAAGGCCCAAUGGCGACAACGAGAUAAGAAACGUGAGGAAUUCUGCUGUCACCAUGGAUCCAAGCUAGACUUUAACCAUCAUCUGAAAUGACCUCAAGUGAAACUCCAGAAACUGUUUUCUAUUGUAAUCUAACAUGAUCUAAAACUACUGAAUUGUGUUUUUCUUUCCGACACUCCCGAGGGAAUGGGAACAACGUUUGGAGUGCUGGUAGUAAUAUACAGUUGGAUCAUAGACGUGUAUCGCGAAUGUUUGCUCUGCUGCAUGACCCACCUCUUCAGCAGCCACAUCCACUAACACACACCUCCCCACCUCCACUGUCCAUUUCCACUCUGCAGACUGCCUUGCUGCCUUUACUGUAACUAUCCUCACUUUUUAUGUCUGUGGCAUUUAGCUCACAUAUAUCUUAGACCAGUGCAGUAACACGACACAGGAUGGUGUUGUUUGACUGGAGCUUCCCAGCAAACAUUAUGACACUGAAUACUUGCUGAUAUAAUGACCUGCACCAUCGGAGAAAUACUUAGGACUACUGUAAAUGCAUAAAACAUGAAUAUCUCCAUAGUGAUAUGUACCUGGGUUUCUGUGUUUGGUAUCUACUCUUUAAAGCCCAAUCCCAUUGGAGCUGUUUACAAAGUCAUUGUAGGACACCAAAUUUAAGAAGCUGUGGCUGAAGCUUAUCUAAUCUUCAUGCAGACUUAUUCAGCUGUCAAACAUAUCUAAACUGCUUUAGGUUAGAUGAAUCUGUAACUGUAUAUAUAUAUGGAUUAUAAUAUGUAGGUAUAGUGAAAUAAAUAAUUCUUUAUACACCAUAGUUAUAUAGCAUAGCUUGUAUUAUAUAUGUUACAUUAUCUGUAUCUGAGUCACAAGUUUUAUAAAUGAAGAUAUAUUUACUUGGAUAAUUUGAAUAACUUAAUGAGUUUGCAUAAACAGUAAAAAUGUCAGUAAUGUAUUAUUUUAUAUGCAGCACUCUGUUGUAAAAUAGAUUGAUUAUAUUAGAUUAUAGAUCAUAUUAUUAGUUUAGAUUAUUAUAGCAUCAAUUGCUGCAGCAUGUGUUGACCUACAUACCUAUCUCUCUUGAGUUGCCACUUGAUUAAAAUCUAAUAUGUAUAAAACGACUGAAUAAACUCUCCAGUUAGAUUGAAGCUAUAAAUAGGCAAGAAAAAAUACAUCACUCAUAAUAUAUAUAGUUUUCAUAACCAGUUAUUGUAAAUACUAAGUGAUCAGGGAGGAGCACCAAUGCAGUGGACUGAACAGAACAGCAUCAUGCCAAAAGCUACAUAUAUCAUGGUGAUUGGUGAAGAAAGAAAAGAGAACAGACAGAACUGUAUGUUAUUGUCAGAAGAAAAUGCACAUUUUAUGUUUUUAUAAAAUAUCCUUAAGUGAAAAAAAUGCUUUUAGGAAUGAAAAUACAUUUUGCUACACUGAAAUUCUUCAUUUAAUUUCACUAAUUAUGAAGAUAUUGCAUACUGAGAUAAUAAUUGUUUUCACAUAUGUAUAGAUAAGUCUAAUAUACCCAAGUUGUAUAUAGUAUAUUAUGUAGUAUGUUGUGAACUAGGAAACUAGGUAAAUACUGCCCCAAAAUGAAAUAAUGCUAAUAGUCAUGCAUAUUGCUUUUGUGAAAUUUGGAUUUAUUUAUAAUUUUAUGAUUUAAAGUUUUUUGAAUAAUUUCUUGUAAGGCCACAUUGUCAGAAUUGUCUCUAUAUUAUAAUGAUAUUUAGUUGAAAAUAUGUCCUAAAAUCUUUGAGGGCAGUUUUCAAAUGUAAAACAUAUAUCCUAACCUAGUCCUCUGCCUCUGCUGUUAGGCUUUCCUUGAUUUGAUUGUAUUGAUUGUACAGUGUUUUAGCUUGGCCCAGUGACCCUGUAUUGACGUGUCAGACACCCAUGUUGUGUCAUUCUGUUAAAGGAUUACACUCAGAACACUCAAACGUGUUUACACUCGCAGAUAUGAAUGCACAAAUAUAUGAUAUAGAUACAGAUAUAACAUAAAAAGACAUACACACCACCAAAAACCAAACACUGUGCCUGUGAAGAGAUUAGUUGAAAGCGCAGCGCUGAAAUAAUAAUUGUAACGGCCAUGCCAACCAGGUAACUUUAUCACAGUUAUCUUUACCUGCAGUUGCAGUCAUACUGCCUCAUAGACAACAUUCUACAACAACCACAGACGUAGAAUAGCAUGAGCAAGUAAACGUCCUGGGCCAAAAAUGAAUUUAAAGCAGCAACUAAACAAUAAUGACUGACUUAGCAGAUUCAGUAUCAACUCAUGGGAAAUGCUUCUAUCUGAUCACAUAAGAGAAAAAGAUGUGUUGUGAUUCAUGAUUCUAAUCAUAUUCCACAAUUUAGAUUAUGUACAACACAAAUCUGAAACUUUAUUAAAACACACCUUUAAGUUUGCUAUAAAAAAAAAGAUUGUUUAAGGUUAGGGAACUAAAACAGUAGAUUUUGGUUUGUGUUCAUGGUUUAUUAUCAUCAACAAAUCCCUUGAAAUCUCUUAUCAUUUUUGGGGGAAACGCUUUAAAACAAAUGUUAAGUAAAUAAAAGUAAGGGUGUAAAACUACAAUAGAAACCUCCUUACAUUGAAACUGGGAUAGUUUUCUUGGAGUCAGUAUCAACAACAGUUGGACGGUUGUACACCUGAUGUCGCCAUUGUGUGCUCAUAUAAAAAAAAAAAACAUGUUACAUAAAUGAUACUUAAUCAACUGAACAAAUAGAUUACAAUUAAUUUAGACACAACACAACAAAUUCCUAAUGAAAUGAAAUGAAAACCAAAAUGUUUUUAAAAACCUGUCCACAGACAACCACAAUAUCAGUUUAAAGUACUGUACACUGUAGUGCUUACGGUACUGCUCACUGUGAUGUUGGUAUUAAGGUUUAAUCAGUGCUCCGUCGCGCAGGUACACCUUUGGCAAUAAGACUACCAAUCCCCGGGCACACAUGAUGGAACCCUGCCAGCAUUGCUGUUUGGGGUACAUUACAUGCAUGCAGGAGGCUGCAUGAUGCAUCCAGGGCAAUAAGGCUGCCAGGGGUAAAUUAGUUGGUGCUAUGGCUAAUUAUCUGAGGAUGUACUCCUGGCAUUAAGGCUGCAUUAUAGGGUGCCCAAGGGGUAUAUCAUUUACUCUUUACAGUCUCAUUGUCUUUGGUACAUAAUGUGUGUGCAGAACCCUAAUGUACCAUUGGUAAUAAGGUAAUAAAUUGGUGCUUUGGCUUAUUGUCAAUGUCAAUAUACGCCUUGUGCACAGGAGGAACAUUAUGUACCAGUAGUCGCCUUAUUGUGUGGGGUUCAUUACAUGUGAAGGAUACCUAGCAUACAUUAGAUGGUGCUUCAGGUGCACACAACAUAAAUGACACCCUUAUUGCCUGGGGACUCAUUAUGUUAUAUGCACAAGGUAAACUGCUGACAUCGGCUUUCAUAAGUUUACUUCUACUGGUAUUUCUUCAGGUUGAUGCGGGUAAUUAUGUUAGCAUCAGUGUUCCAAAUUAAAAUGUUUGCUGGGAUGAUGUAUUGAUAUUCUCGUAAAAUUCUCAUAUUUUACCUUCAGGUAUAAAUGAGUCAUCCAACAAGUAAUCAACUUUUUCAGUUCAGUUCUUUUUUUCAGAAAGUUACUUUGAAUAGAGAUAAUACAUAAUACACAUAAUACAACCUGUUUCCCUGAGCCCGGUAGAAGGUUUGUAUAUCUAACAUUGUAAUGUGUGAGUGAAGCAGGUUCUAAUGGAGCAUAUAUAAUGAGAUAAGACAUACACAGUGUGAGGUCCAGUGUGAGGCACUGCUCCACCACUACAGUCAGAGCUGAAGAUGAACAGACACAUAAUAGGCAAAGACCAGAUAGUCUGACAAUGUUUAGUUUUUUUGUUUUGUUUUGUUUUUCUUUACAGCAUAUCACUUUAAAAGUUGUAUUGACAAUGAAAUGCUUGACACUCUUGUUUCAUGCACAGAUGACACCACCGUCAUGUGUUCUGCACUCUGCUAUGUGGACAUGCCUUCGAUUGGAGCAUAUGAGUGUACAAUAACUGACACACUGUCACUUGUUUGCUUGGAAUUGCACAACGUAAUUUACUUUGCACUUAGACAAAAUGGGAUCACUCAAUAUUACAAUAUAAUGUGGAGUGGAAAGCUAUUUUGAAGCUGCCUAUAGCUAGUAUGUGCUGAUAUUCACUAACUGUUCAGUUGACUGAAAACCCUUAUGAAAAGUAUUUAGGGCAUUAUUGAGCACCAAAGCUCUUCACUGAAACCCAGCUUAAUUAAAUUCUUGGAAGUAGGUUAUCAGCUGUUUGAAGGAAGUUUAAUUUCUGAGUGAAUGAGUCUCCAGACUCUGAUAGUGGUCUUUAUAGUCCACAACCACUUUCCCUUUGAGGUAGUCCAUAACUAUACCUGCAGUUUUCUGCUUUCAGUGCCCAAAUGUUCAAUGAUGCACUACAGCUUCUGUGUCAAGACUAGCCCAGAUUGAUGACACGUUCACUUGGCUGUCAGUUGGCAAAUACAAUAGGACUGCUAUAGUUUGUUAUAUCCAAUGACCGUCACACACUUAUCAACACUGUUUCUAGUCCCACAAUGCAGCCAGUAGUAGUACAACAUCUGGCCCUGAUGUAGUGUGGGCUUUACACAAAGGAAUGAUCUUCAAAAGCUUGUUUUCAAUUUGAUCAAUAUCAUGGUUACAGUAAAUAUACCAUGGUUAAGGUAGAGUUAUGGUUAGGCAACAAAAACACAUUAAUACUGGUCUGCACCUCCCUGACCUUCACAUUAUUACUUCCUGCUUCGCUACGUAAAGGGCACACUGCUUCCUGCAUUGGCAUUGAAAGUAAAUUGUGUGCUGUCCAAUAGGAAAAUAAUUCCUAUUGGACAAUUUCAAUUUUGCACUUUAGUUUUUUUUUUUUUUUUUUGGCUGAUUCCCAUUGCUGCCCAAUCAAUAUGAGCAUCUAUAAUCAAACGUGUAACAGUUAAGAAACUAUUAAUUUCCAUAUAAAAAUACAGAGCUUCAGAUAAGCAGACACUCAGUACCAAACAGCCCUCUUGUUUAUGUUGCCAGUGGUUGUGCUUGUGAAUAUCAGAAGUAACCAUGGCUACCACACCUUGGUACAGUGAUAAAUACAUUAGUAAGUAUUGUAGACAUUGAAUACAUGUAACUCCUGUUACUAAGUCAUAGACACAAUGCUGAAAAGUCUUCCUUUUCAACACACACCUAUUUGGAAAAGGGGAAACACUGGGAUACAACCUAUUGUUGACUUAAAUGAUUAAUGCAUUUAGAAAUCUAUCAGAAAACAAUGACAUCAUAAAAUCAUUCUGUCAAAAGAGAAAAACUUCAAUCAGGCUGGGUGACUUAUGACUCAAACUGGUUGAUAUCAGAUAUUUACAAAGGCCAAUGCUUGAAAACCAAUAUAGGGCUUUAACCCUAAACUCAGCUUCAUAUAUUUAUUCCAACUACUAGUUUCAAAAAGAUCCACUAUAAUGUGCAGCUUGAGGAUCCUACAGUCAAGUGCUAAUUAGUAUCAGGCUAAUCUGUGAAAAUGAACUACGUUGUUUGUUUCAUUGUGAAAAUCAACCAUAUAUUUUGUUUCAUUGCACCAGGCUUCUCAUAUAAUUGAAUACCACCUACUUUCUACAACGUGGGGCUGUUUCGUCGCCAUGGGUGUCAUGUGUCAAGUUUAAAAUGUGGUGCUAAGCAGCUCUUUGUUGUGUUUCACAUGCUUGACCUUGCACACCCGGCAAUUUGCAUUUCAUAAUGAGUUAUUUUCUGUAACAUUACAAAUGAGCAAAGAUAGCAGCUAGUCAUUUAUAUAGUGAGCCAUAAACCCUCAAAUAAAUUAGAGGAACUGUUAAUAGUGUUUUUAUAGGUUAAAUACACAUUAACACCAGAAGUAUGUGUUUUUUGAGAUUACUGCAUUUACUAAACAGACUGCAAUACCACAAGAUGAGAGCACUGUCAGAAAAAAUAUACACUUGUUAAUUUAAUGAAACUUUUAAUAAAAGUAUUAAUAAACAUUUGAUAACUUUACAAACUACA